AUGACUUUACGACAACCUUUGACCGCGAAUGACUAUACCGUCGGGAUUAUAUGCGUACAUGAAAAGCAACUGCAAGCAGUACGUUGCCUGCUAGACUCCGUUCAUCCAAAACCACCAGUCCCAAACCGAGACACCAACGACUACACGCUUGGGACAAUGAGCGGACACAACGUGGUCGUAGCGUGCCUCCCCGCUAGUCAGUAUGGCACGAGUGCUGCCGCGGCCGUGGGGACGAAGCUGUAUCUCAGCUUCCCCAUGGUCCAAUUUGCUUUGGUGGUUGGUAUGGCCGGCGGAGUACCAGCCAAAGAGGAUAUUCGGCUUGGGGACGUCGUCGUGGGCGUUCCUACAGGAGCACGACCUGGCGUUAUCCAAUAUGACUUUGGAAAAGACCUGGCGGACAACCGCUUCAUUCACACGGGGUCUCUACAGCGACCACCACGAGUUUUAUUGAGCGCAAUCAGUGGCCUGGAGUCGGAGCCGUAUUUCGGGGCGAGCCCUCUCCAGCCCUAUUUGGAUGUGAUUGUGCAAAAGGAUAGUAGAUACGGGUUUCCGGGGAGAGAGCGUGAUCUCUUAUUUCCGGCAAGUUAUGUGCAUGAUCGACCACACAGCACCCGUCGCGACCGUUUCAACGCUCAGAUUCAGCGACCGGCUAGAAAUUUCGAGUUCCCAUACAUCCACUACGGCCUCAUCGGGUCAGGAGACCGCGCUGUGAACAGUGCGUCGUUCCGAGACCGUGUGGCAAAGCAGCACGAUAUCCUGUGCUUCGAGACGGAGGCAGCUGGGAUAGUAAACAUAAUGCCUUGCCUGGUCAUUAGGGGAAUAUGCGACUACGCAGACUCCCACAAAAACGGAACAUGGCAGGCAUACGCUGCAGCAACCGCGGCUGCCUACGCGAGGGUUAUUAUGGGCCGCGUGCGGCCCUACAAUAUACCCAGGACAAGCUCAAAUGGGCCGUAUGAUCAAAUCAGCCACCACGCAUCCAACUCAAGGUCAAAUGCAGCCCCCAGCCACGAAAUCACGGGAAUUGCUGAAGACGGACUGCAGCCUGUGCAGCCUUCAAACCAAUUCCCGAGUCACAGGAGGCAAGCUCCAACAGGCGUUCGAACUGCGAGUGAUAUACUUCGCAAGGCGGAGUCAUACGCAGACCGCAGCCGUCUAUGGAACCCCGUACCCGCGGACGCGACUCCCAUCAUGGCAGCCUUCAAAGAAUGGGCCGAAGGUAGAGGGUCAGAUGUGUUGAUAGUGGAGCCGGAGACCUGGGACACAGCUCCAAGAGCAGAAGCAUUUGCAUUCGAAGCUACUUGCUUCCUCAGAUUCCGCACUCAGCCGACAAUGUGGGCUCUCUGGCCUGAAUAUCAAGAGCCGCUAACAAGGCGGGAUAUUGUCUACUGCCUCGCAGAACAGGCCCAAAAGGCUGGCAUCCAAGAUACUUUGCCUGUGUCAAAUGGCGAGACUCUGUGGCAGGAUACUCUAUCGUUGAUAACUGACCGCGUCGAGAAAUGCUUCUUUGUUGUGCAGGUCAAGGACUGUUCCCUGGCCACUUCGCUGCUGAAAUCCCUCCAGGCAGCUUUUAGCCAACGCAAUCGAACUGUCAAGCUUCUUUUGGUCAGCUACUGGCCCGAGGCGUCAGCUCUGGCUCGGACGCUGCUUCCACGGGUCAAGAUCCAGAGAUUGAAUCCUCCAUUGCCUGCACAUCAAAUGAGAAGAUCAAGCGAAGAUUGGUGGCAGGCAAUAGACCCACGUCUAUGA